AUGUUUACCGAACAACACCGUAUGGUAGCAGAUAUAUGUGAAUUGGUCUCUCAGGCUCUAUACCGAGGACCCUGGCGUCGACAGACUUUCUUCAGACGGAAUUGGGGCUGGCUUGCCAAAAUUACUGGAGAUGCAAGCAGUUUCAUUCCAGAGAAACAUUGCAUAAUAUUCUUGAUCUUUUAUAGUCUCUCACCCCCGUUAGGACAAGUUCUCAAUAGAGAUUCUAUGCUGGUUUGCCUUCUCAAACAAGAGGAACUGAGAUACCCGGAGCGAGCUGUGCAGCGUCUUUGUGGGCAAAUCUUCAAAGAUGCACCCCUGGUAGCGGUACUUCCUGGGCUUUAUUUUCGGUUGUCCAUAUUACCAUUACUGAAUUUCAUCUCUGCCGCCAAUCGGUGUGGGCUCGCCUUUUUGGCCAAAUGGCGGAUUUUGAUAUAUAACCAUGAUACAAGUGUAUCAUUGACGAUAUGGAGCCUCUUUGAUGGACCAAAUCUACGGUACAAUGAACCUGCUGUAUACAGAACCGAUAUUUUCAUUCACAUUGCAGCAUCGCAGAAGAACUUCGGCAUUGUGGCGGUUUCUCUAUGCCUUAUCAACACCGCAAUACCAAAUAACUUGCCGCUAGAGAAGCAAGAAGGCAUAUCUUUCUGCUCAUAG